AUGCACGUUGAAUAUAAAGUGUCGUUACCAGAUCACGACUUUGUGAUUGCUUCGGGGCACAAAUUAAUUCCAAGCGUGUAUGCUUUUUGUGAAGUGAAACCCAAUAAGAUAGGACGACCAGAAGCUGUCUCAUAUAGUGGACCAACUUAUAUAGCAAUACGAAGUGGCAAGCACUCUUCGUCAACUACAACUAGUCACGCUCAAGACUUGGACACUCUUUUAACAAUUGAGUCUUUUUCCAAAUUUAUGAAGAAUGUAGACAGCAAAAUUAAACCUGUUCUUAUCAUUUCAAGUGACGGUUGA